ACGAUGUUUCCUUUCCGGAUUUUGCUCUGACGCCGAGGACGCAGGAAACCGGCGGAUUUGCAAAGUGACGGCUCAUCGCCGCCUGCCUCACGUCCGAGGAACAAACACCACCGUCCGAUGGAUGUAAGGAAGGGAGAGAGCAGCGAUUCGGACACGGGAUCCUGCCGUCCUCUCUCCCACUGAUGGAAGGGGAGCUGGGAGACACGUCCUCCUCGGCGUUAAGGCUGGAGGUGCCGCGGAUUUAAACCCCGGAGUCUUCAUCGGUGCCCCCCCCCGAGUCUACAUGUUUGCAAGUGUUAUGGACGUGGAUGUGGUUAAGGGGAGGUCGAGCUGGUUUGAGCUGGAGGACAUGCGAUGGUCACGAUGCGUCCUGAUGGCAGAAGCGGUUACUACUUUCUGCUGGCCGCGCUUUGCUUCUUCGCCGCUUCUCUCUCCCGGUCGGUGGAGGAGUCGUCGCCCUUCUUCGCCUGGCUUCUAGGCAGACUCGUCCUCUACUCGGCGCUGUCCCUGAGCAGCCUGCUGUUGGGCACCUUCAUGGUGCUGGCGAAACAAAGCAACACCAAGGCGCCACAUUUCCCCAGGGAGGAGAGACCUCUCGGCGUGUCCCCCUUGUUGCGACAGCUCACGGGCCGCCUGUCAGGCAUUUCAUCUGAACCUGUGCCUACACGAAGAGUAGUUCUUUCACACAAUAUGGAUAAAGCAUUGAAAGAAGUGUUCGACUACAGCUACAGGGACUACAUCCUUUCCUGGUAUGCAAAGGUCAGUCGUGAUGAAGGGCACCUGCACCAGAUGCUGUCGGAGGACUAUUGGGAGCUGGCAAAGCAGCUGCGUGUUCGACUGAGCAACAUUGACAUCGUGAAGGUUGUCUGCAACGAUGUUGUACGCACCGUCCUCCUUCACUUCUGUGACCUCAAGGCAGCAAACUCAAGGCAAGAGGUGCAGCAACCGAAACCCUUCCCUCUGCACCCGUGCUUGAAGAGCGGCAUGGACGAGGACCAGUUCCUGCAGAUGUGCUCACGGGUCCUGGUGCUUUGCCUCUUAACGUCAAAAGACAUCUCCUCUCGCAGCCUGCGGAUUGUCCUUGCUGAAAUAUUAGCCAUGAAAGUGCUAAAACCGAUGGUGGAACUGCUGAGUGACCCUGACUACAUUAACCGAAUGCUGCUGACCCAGAUGGAACGCAGGGAGCAGGUGAACGAGCACCACAAGAAGGCCUACACUUACGCCCCUUCCUACGAGGAGUUCAUCAAGCUCAUCAACGGCAGCUGCGACGUGGAGUUCUUAAAGCAGCUGAGAUAUCAAAUUGUCGUUGAAAUAAUUCAAGCAACUACAAUCAGCAGUCUACCACAGAUGAAGAAACCAAAAGACAGCAAAGGGAAAGAGUCUGCGGCCAUGAAGGCGGACCUGCUGCGAGCCCGCAACAUGAAGAGAUACAUCAACCAGCUGACCGUGGCCAAGAAGCACAGCGAGAAGCGGCUGAAGCUGCUCGGCGGCCCCGUGUACGGGCAGCAGGAAGAUGGAGGCUGCGACGAGACCGACGCACCUUCCAGUCAAAAGAUUCUACAACUUGAUGAGAUCUUGUCCAACCCAUCCUACAGAGAACACUUCCGUGCCUACAUGGAGAGGAUGGAUAAACGGGAUCUCGUCAGCUUCUGGGAGUCCGUUGAAUACUUGAAAAUUGCAAACAAGACUGAAAUACCUCAACUCGUCGGUGAAAUCUACCAGAAUUAUUUUGUGGAAAGUCGGGAAAUCCCCGUGGAGAAGGCACUUUAUAAGGAAAUCCAGCAGAGCCUCGUCGGCAACAAAGGAACAGAUGUCUUCAACAAGAUUCAGAGCCAUGUUUAUGAGACUCUCCAAGACCGGUAUUACCCGUCUUUUCUUGUAAGUGACUUGUACGAAAGACUUGUGAGGAAAGAAGAGGAAAAGAGCACUUUACAGACCAACCUGGAGAACCGGGGCGAUACGCAUGUGUGUGAGAGUGGAGAGGACAUCCUGGAUGAAGGCAGCAAUGGCAUCAAUGAGCAGGCCAGCUACGCGGUGAUCAAACUGCGGCAGCUGAACGAGAAGCUCGAGUACAAGAGGCAGGCGCUGGGCUCCAUCCUGAAUUCACCAAAACCCGACAGAAAGAUUGUAACCAAGCUGAAGGAUGAGAUUAGCACAAUGGAACGAGAACACAAUGACUUACAGCAGCACAUUGCCCGCACAGACUGGUGGUGUGAAAAUCUUGGACAAUGGAAAGCCAACAUCAGCAGCAGCGAGAUUGUGGAAGAAAAUGGUGAACAAAUGUCCUGCUAUUCAAUCAUGGUGCAGCUGAAUCCGCCUGACCCCGAAAACAACGGCUGGAUGGUGGGGCGAAAGCUGAGCGAGUUCCACACACUGCACAGGAAGCUCUGCGAGUGUUUUCCGAUGUUAAAGAAGGCACAGCUACCAUCCAUCAGUAAACUGCCUUUUAAGUCCAUUGAUCAGAAGUUCUUAGACAAGUCGAAAACUCAGCUCAAUAUUUUUUUACAGAAACUCCUGACAGAUGAGAAGCUCUGCCAGAGCGAGGCCCUCUACGGCUUUCUCAGCCCUUCCCCAGAAUACCUGAAAGUUGUUGAUGUCCAGGGCAAGAAGUCAAUCUUCUCUUUGUCGUCCUUUCUUGAGAGGCUUCCUGGAGAUUUCUUCUCUCAUCAAGAGGAGGAAACUGAGGAGGACAGUGAUCUGUCGGACUACGGAGAUGAGGUUGACUGCAAAAAAGACUCGCUUGCCGAACCUUGUUUUAUGCUCAUUGCGGAGAUCUUUGAGCUCAGGGGAAUGUUCAAAUGGGUCAGGAAGACACUUAUUGCUCUGGUACAAGUUACUUUUGGAAGGACAAUCAAUAAGCAAAUUCGCGACACUAUCAACUGGAUGGUGAGUGAGCAGAUGCUGGUUUGCUACAUCAACGUCUUUCGAGAUGCCUUCUGGCCAAAUGGUAAAUUAGCGCCCAGUACAGCUCCACGGACUGAGCAGCAACGGUUGGAGACGAAGCACAAAGCCCAGCAGAAACUACUCGAUAACAUUCCAGAUGCGCUGCAGAACCUGGUGGGCCAGCAGAACGCACGGCACGGCAUCACAAAGGUCUUCAGUGCUCUCCAGGAGACCAGCGCUAACAAGCACCUGCUAUAUACGCUGAUGGAGUUGUUGCUGAUCGAGUUAUGCCCUGAACUGCGAAUUCGUUUGGAUGAGCUGAAAGUCUGCCCGAAUCUAUCCAGCACUUUGUGAAGGAGUAAAAGAAUUAUCAAAAGGGGACCGACCCCUGGUUUUCUUCUUAAAAAAUUGAAAUGCAAACUGCGGACUUUUGUUCCCCCAGAGGUGACAGUGCUGGGAUAUAUUGCUGUUUGUUGUUUCUCCACACGCCACAGAUGUAGCACUACGUGAAUGGAUUUGUUUCCAAAUUACUGAAUCAAUGCAUAAGGCUAUUUUUCCUUCCCCCUUUUCGAGCUGAACCCCGGUAGUUUUCUUUCUGAAGUUCAGAUGCCAGUAAUUAAUGUUGUGGGAAACUGAAUAAAUAUUUUUUAAGACGA